UUCUCUCCCCUCACUUCAAGUGGAUUUUGGAGGCAGCUCGAGCUCUCACUUUCUCCUCUGAGGGAUUUCAGGACUUGCUUGUCUCUGCAGAAAAAUGGCCCUGUCACAGAGAAACGGUGCUCUCCUGCUGGUGUUCGUGGCUGCAGUGUGCGUGGAGCUCUAUCAGGCUCAAAACGUCCUGGGACGCUGCUCGUGUCUCUCCACCAUCAAGUUCAUCAAAGGCAACAUUUCAGAUUUCCAAGUCCUUGAAGUGCGGCCGGGCUGCGACAGAAUCGAAUUAAUCAUCACGAUCAGCACGUCAGAGAACUCCACCGAGAAGUUCUGCAUGAACACAGAGGGGAAGAUGGCCAAGGCUUAUUUGAAAUGCUGGGAAAGGAAAAACAAAGACGAGAGCCGUAAGAUGGAGUGCAUCGACAGGAAGAAGAAGGCUGAGGACAGAGCCACGGAGGACUGAAGCACACAAGCCCAGGAAUGCUGAGAGCAGAGCUUUCACCCAACUCCUGCACUGGAGAGGACGAGGACGCGACGGCGAGGGCCGAGGAGAGCCGGGAGGGAGAUGAUUAAAGAGCCAGCCCCCAACCCAACGAGUUGUAGACGUCGGAGGGGGGAUUGAAAAAUAUAUGUACAGUACUAUAGCAGCAAGUCUGUGUAAGAAGGCCACUGUUGAAAUGCACACACCUUUAUUUUUUUGCUUAAUGCUACUAUUUAUGUUGAUUUAUUUAUUAUAAAAAAAA